UUUUCAACUUAAUAAUCAUGAAAAACUGGUAAAAGAACCCAACAGAUACCACUGUUAGCCAUACCCAACAUAUCAAACAAAGGUAAGACUUGAAAAACAAGCUUUGAAAAACACAAAUAACGACUCUGAUUGUUUCUUUUUAACCACUGAAAAGAGCAGUUCUUUUCCGUGACUACACACGAACUUCUAUCUUUUCUGUUGGAUCAAACUUUAUUUUGGGGAAGAAACAAAAAAGGUGUACGAUUCUAUUUGGUAAGCUAUGAAAAUGACAAAAGGUCAGUUGCACGGCGACUUUUGGGCGAGGAUGCAUGCGUUGCUUGAUGAACAGUACUUGCUUAAGGCAGUUCUCAUUACUAUUCCAGGGCCACCAGCUCACCUUCUGCAGUAACAGAUGUCUGUGGUUCUCUGUAUAUAUCUGCAUAAAUCCUCGAAGUUUCCAUGCAAAAUAAGCUGAAAGCUAACUAAGACCAAAGAGUUCUUUUAACAUGGCUUUGAUCGUAGCGCUGUUGAGCUCACUUAUCGUUCUCUCGGCAUCUUCACCAGCUGAUGCUCUUAGCUUGAAUCACUAUGAGAAAACGUGCCCUGAUGUUGAGUCAAUUGUUUCAAAGGCCGUCCAGAGCGAAACAAGAAAGGAUGAGACAAUCCCUGCUGCCCUUCUGCGGCUGCAUUUUCAUGACUGUUUCAUAAGGGGUUGUGAUGCUUCUGUGCUGUUGUACUCCAAGGGAAAUAAUAAAGCAGAAAAAGAUGGGCCUGCCAACCUUUCUUUGCAUGGAUUUUAUGUUAUUGAAGGUGCUAAGAAAGAAAUUGAAGCUUCGUGCCCUGGUGUAGUUUCAUGUGCUGAUAUUUUGGCUUUGGCUGCAAGGGAUGCUGUCGUGCUUUCUGGAGGUCCAACGUGGGAUGUGCCCAAGGGAAGAAAAGAUGGGAGAACAUCGAAGGCUAGUGAAACCCUACAGUUGCCAGCUCCAACCUUCACCAUAUCUCAACUGCAACAAAGCUUCUCUCAGAGAGGUCUAUCCAUGGAUGACCUUGUAGCUCUUUCAGGAGGCCACACUAUUGGAUUUUCACACUGUUCAUCCUUCGUGAACAGAAUCCGCAACUUCAACGCAACGCACGACAUAGACCCUAAGAUGCAUCCCUCAUUUGCAGCGAGCUUAAGGAGUGUUUGCCCGAUCAACAACAAGGCAAAGAACGCUGGAGCGACUAUGGAUCCUUCUUCAACAACUUUUGAUAACACGUACUACAAGCUGAUCCUUCAGCGCAAGGCCCUGUUUUCUUCAGACCAAGCCCUGCUCACAAAUCCAAAGACCAAAAAUUUGGUACACAAGUUUGCCACAUCAAAACAAGCUUUUGAGAAGGCUUUCGUGAACUCUAUGAUCAAAAUGAGUAGCCUGAACGGUGGACAAGAGAUUAGAAAAGAUUGUAGGGUAGUAAACUAAGGAUCUCUUAGCUUAGUUCUCUAAUAUUUUAAAUUAUGAAAGCCAGGUUGUCCAUCAAUGGGCUGCCUUUCCUCGAGAUUUUAUUGCUGAAGAAGCACAGCUACACUAUUAGAAUAAGUUGAGGUACCAAUGCUUAUGGAUAUCUUAAGAAACUAGCUUUAGGUUCGCUUCAUUGGCCCUGUUUACAACUUGGGUGUGUCCUGCUGUGAGAACAGCAUUUGCAACCUAUAAGUGAAUAAUUAUGCAAAAAGAUACUGAUUUGUUCUAGUUC